GUCAUCACUCAGGAAUACGCUUCUAUUGGGCUCCAUACAAAAAAUUGGUUUAGAGUUUGCAUUAUAUUUUUUGUAAAUUUUAAUCUGAAUGCUGCAACUGUGUUUAUAUUGCUUUUCUCUUUUGCGCAGUUUUGUCUGUAAAUAAUAUUAUUAGUAACACAACUAUAAAACUCUUUAAACCAAGUUGAAAUUUAGUGCUAAAACAAUGAACGCUCUUCUUGACUACGGUUCAUCUUCGAGCGCUUCUGAAGAAGAAAGCGGCGAUGAAGAAAUAAUUAAGCCAGAAGAUCACACAGACGAUAAGCCUAAGUUACCAAAACCUGUGCUGGGAGAAAGCAGUCUUCACACAUCAGUGUUUUCAAAUCCGUUCGCUGCAGCUGAAAUAGCAAAAUCGGCUAUACUAGAAAAACAUGUGAAAAUGGUUUCAGGUAAAGAUAAUACCCAAAUGAUUAAUGGAAAGAAAAUAUGUUGGAAUUAUAGAAAAGGUAAAUGUCGUUUUGGACAUAAUUGCAAAUAUGCACAUGAUUCGGACAUACAAAAAUCAGCAGAGGAGCUAGAGGCUGAGAAACAGAAUUUAAAAUCAGUUGUUUGUGAGAGCACUGGUACAAUGUCUUCCGCGCCCCCACCACAGGUUGUCUUGGAGGCAUCUCUUGCCACAGACGAUGAAAGUUGGGAGGGAAAGUCUAGUAAAAAGAAAAAACGCCCCGGUUUAACCCAGGGUCUCAUACCUGGACAAAAAGUCAUGAAAUUGUAUAAGGAACAAAGAAUAAAAGAUGCUCCAAAAUAAUAAAA